UGUGCGCCGCGCCGCUCUGGUGGGGGUGGGGUCACGUCUGCCUCGGCUGCCCUGCCCCUCGGCAGACGCGACCAAGCCGACGCGCGCGCUACACGGAGCUGCCGACCUCGCAGGGGCAGCCGGCGGAUGCCUCGCUGACGGCCGAGCGAAGCUGAGCUGGGGGCGGCGGUCGCCCGACAACACCUGCACAGAUACUAGCCCGGCAGGUGCGAGCGACGCCACUGCCACCUGGCGGCAGUCCGCCCAACCCAGCAUGCCGCCACCCGCCGGGUGCUCCGACACACGUCACUUCCGGCCGCUGCACGCACUUCCGGCCGGCCCGUGGCCCCGCCCCUAGCCUGCCGGCCACGCCCCCUCGGGACUAUGGUUUCCUGACGGCGCUCAGCCUGCUGUGCUCGACACUCGCUACCCAGACCGUCCGGACCCCCAGUGCGCCGACAGACUGCCUCAAGCCUGGAGCUGUGCAUGUCUGGACCCUACCGCGGCCGGAGGUCCAGCAACUUCUCCAGGGGUUCCGGCUGGAGGGCUGUCCGCUUGACUCGCUGGAGUGGUGUCCGAGAUGGCGGACGCGAGCUGCAGCCUUCUGGAUGAGGAGAACGACGUGCAGCGGCCGGAGCAGCAGGGCGUGCUGUGCGCGCUGCAGCGCGACGCGUCGUGGAAGUGCCUGGCGCUGACGCUGCUCAUCUGCGGCUGCCUGGGCGCCGUGACGUGGUGCCGCCUCGCCGAGGUCACCAAGGUGAUCAUCAACUUCUCGCUGUACCCCAUCACGCGCACGCGCCAGAUGUCGCCGUGCGAGGACGGCUACCUGUACGUGCCCGUGGCCUUCCUGGCGCUGCUCUACCUGGUCUACCUGGUGGAGUGCUGGCACUGCACGGCGCGGCUCGACCUGCAGGGCCCGCGCGCCGAGGCGGCGCAGGUGCUCGAGAGGGUGCGGCUCAUGAAGGAGGCCCAGCCCGUCGUCUGGUGGAAGGCGGUGUGCUACCACUACGUGCGCCGCAAGCGGCAGGUGACGCGCUACCGGCACGGCGACGCCUUCACGUCGACGCAGGUCUACUACGAGCGCGUCAACUCGCACGCGGCUGGCGCCUGCUUCUCCUACAGCUACUGUGGCGUCCGCGACAUCUCGCGGGAGCUCAAGCUGGACGCCGACUGCCCGCUCACCAAGAUACGCUUCAGCAAGGGCUUCGCGUUCGCCAACGUGGAGGCGGCGGCGGAGUUCGAGGAGCAGCGGGCGCGCUUCUUCGGCGAGUACGAGCGCGUCGACGACUACCUGGAGAUGCGCGAGGGGCUGGACGUGGCGCACUUCCGCGACGAGCAGCUGACGGUGGCACCCGGCGUCGGCGCGCCGCUCUACAGCCCCACCGUCUUCUGGGUGUGCUCGCUGCUGCUGCUGUCCUGGCCGCUGCGCCUGCUGCUGCAGUGCCGCACCGCCUACCUCCACUACCAGGUGACGAAGCUGUUCGGGGUGAACUACGAGACGAGCACGACGGGCGGCCGCAGCAGCGUGGUCACAGCCGCAAACAACAACAACAACAACAACAACAACAACAACAACGGCCGCAGCGUGAGCUGCUGCCAGCAGGAGGGCGGCUGCGACCAGCGGUGGCUGGGCUCCCGGGGCGGGCUGUCCCACUGCACGGCCGACAGCGGCGACCUGGAGUGGUGCUGCAGGGACAACUCGGUCCUCGUGCCCUCCUACAGCGAGGCCCUCCUCAUGGACACCUCCACAGAAGCGGCUGCGACCGCCCCCCGGAGGCCGACCAGCCUGCUGCCGCAGUCCGCCUCCUGCUACUCCAGCUGCGGCCUCAACGGCGGCGGCGCCAGCCUCAACGUCAACAGCAACGGCAGCAUCUGCGGCGCCGCCAUUCCGCGCUCCGCGUCGCACCACCACCCAGCCGUGCCGGUCCACCAGGUGUCACCCAGCCAGGCACGUCACUCGGUGGCCUCUGCAGCUCCCGGUGGCUGGACGGCCGGACUGGGCCUUCCUCGGUCGCUGUCCUCUACGGCGGCGCCCCAGCACCAGAACCCACAGCUGGUCCUCUACUACCCAAGCCCACUGGUCGAGCGCUGUCCAGAGGACCCCUUCCAGGGGCGCAGCCUGACGACGCCCACCGAAGAGCCGCCCCCGGCGUACGAAGAGGCCCUCCGGCUGCCGGUGCUGACGAGGCUGCGGAGGUCGCUGACCGAGCGCGGCGAUAUCUGCCGGCCGGGGUCCCGCUUCCGGUCUUCGGCGCCGUGCAGCUCCAGCGUGGUGGCCAGGGCCGACAGCGUGAGGGUGGCGCAGCCCGCGUCCCGGGCGCUGCUCACCAUGGAGACCAGCCUGUGACGGCGCCAGUCGAGGACCAGACUGCACCCGUCAGCCUGCAUCUGGCAGACGCGUCACUUGCUGCUCGUCAGGGCCGACACCUCCCGGACAACAGCUGCCUGAGGGUAUCUGAGGAAAACGGUGCCCGGGUUUCUGGAGCUCCAGACUGCUGCGUUGUUGAUACAACUGUGCUCUAGGCCGACACGAGU